UAUCGAAUUAGUCGUAUUAUUUAAUUCGAAUUUUCCCAACACUACAUAUGUUACAUAAACUACACCCUCUACAUAAACUACAUUAACUACAUGUAAUGUAGUUUAUGUAGUUUUUAAAAGUAACAUGUAGUUUUCCGAACCCUGGUGUGGAUGCACCCUAAGUUCUCUGGUAUAAACUUGAUAUGAACUUGAUUUAAACCAUUUAAACCUGAUAUAAACGGAUAUAAACCAUAAACCACAAUCACAAAAUAAUAAGUGUAAAGUGUCAAAAUUUAAACUGUUAAAAAAUUAACUAUUAAAAAAUAUACUACUAUUAAAAAAUAUAAAUAAUACAGUACUUUAAACUAUUUUUAACCUUGCGCUUUACUCAUAAGCUAUUAUCACGGCAUUAUUAUUUUCUUGCUGGGAACUAAUAAAUAAGAUACACAAUCUACCAUGAGUCCACCAAAUACUAGCUUUACAGAAGGAAAUACAUCAGGAAUAUUAGAGAGGAGCUUAAUUUUAAACAGAAAAAGACAUAAAAUCAAAGACAGUUUGUUUUGGUUCAUUGUAAAUACUGUAGUCCUUUCUCUUUUGGUAUAUGAUUUAUCCCAAACUUGUCCUAUGUAUUUGAAUUAUUAUCAUUAUAUAGAAUACAGCCUAGUUAUAAUUUUUACUUUAAAUGUGCUUUUUUACUUGGGGAAAAUUACUAAACUUUAUUUUACAUCUACUGAUCAAAUACAUAUAAAUUUGGAACAAAAGAAAUUAUUAGGAGUGAAAGAUUCAGAUCCUAACUACAAAAUCAUAACUCCUUUGAAGACAAAUUCCAAUUUACCAAGUCCUGUGCCAUCACCUGCUCUACAUUCAACAGUAAAUGCUUCUCAAUUAAGCUGGAGAUCGAAUGUUUCACACAAUGACAGUAUGAGUGUAAACUAUUCUAUGCAAUCCCCAUCAUGGGUUUAUCAUAAGGGAACACCAGAUCUGAACCAAUCUCAAUAUUCCAAUGUGUCGAACAGAAAAUCUUCAAAUUUUUUUAGUAAAUCUCCUCAAUCCCCAAUAUCAACUUAUCAUAAUAUAUCUACAGUGGAAAACAUUGAGGAUGAAGAUAGUCUAAAUCAAUUUUUAAAAGACUACGAAGAAGUAGAAAAUGCUAAUAAGUUGGCAAACAAAUCUCAGCAUCCUACCAAUCUACUGAGCUUAUUUUGGAGCCAUCCUAUCACUAAAACUGCUAAAGACAUGACUUCAUUCUUGAAGAAGAGUCAAUACCAGCUUUCUACACAAUCACCAACUAGUAGUCCUUCAUCAAAAUCUGAGGAUAAAGCAGCUGGCAAUGUGCCAGCACUUGAAGUUUGGACUCGAAUCAAUGUAGAUACUGUAGCUUUAACACAAUGGAAUGAGAACUUAAGAAUUUGGAUAUCUCAAACUAUUUUAGAGCGCUUGGUUAAGGAGUUCGAUGUUAUAAAUGAGUUUCUAGAAAAACAUGGCAUGAUAGACAUCAGAAUUGGUGCAGUAGGUCUGGAUAGACUCAGAAAAACUGCUCAAAUGAGUCAGAUUACUCAUUUUAUACCUUCUCUAUCCACAAUAAUUCCUUUCUUGGAACUACAUCCCAAUCAAGAUUACUUGUUGAAAAGAAUUAGAGAACUGUCAAGAGGUGGUUGUAUGAGUGAAUUUAGGUGGACUGGUGGAGGAAACUACAAUGGAAAGAAUUGGGAUGAUUCGCUACCCACAGACUGUUCAAUUGUUAUGCAUCUUUUAGCUUCCUACCUUGACACUCAACUGAUGCCAUCACCUAACAUGCCCGAUACAAAAUCUUUUAGUGGCCAUUACUAUAUUAAGUCCAUUGAUAAAGUCCCAACAUUGACGCCCAAUAGUCUUUUUAUACAAGAAGUGACUGAAAAACCGCCCCACUACAGAGUAGUAGUUGGGGAAAAAAUGUUUGAAAUGGUUAAGGGUUAUAAUAACCUGUUCCACAGUAUUUUAUUUUUUAUUUACCAUGUGAAUAAAUUAGAACAAGGAAUGUUAGGAAGAAUUAACCUGGGAAGAGCCGGAGUGAAUAUGUUGUGGAUUAUAGGACUGAAUGAAUAAAAUCUAUUCAUUGUAUGGAAUUAUGGUGGGUUCAUGCUUCCGAUCUUAACCCUAACACCUAACAUUAGUCCUAAUCCCAAAAAUAUGAAUUACUGUUACCAAACUCUAGCGGUCAUGGUUCCAAAGCGCAUCAAUAUUAAAUCAAUCAAAAUCAAAAAUCAGUAUAGUAAUAUAGUAAUAUUAACAUUAGUCUUAGUCCUAAUGGGUCCUAAGAAACAUGGGGUGGGUUAUUUUAUACUCUUAGAUAGACAAAACAUGUCAAAAAAAUCAAAGAUAAUUAAACAUAAAUACAUAUGUAGAACAAACAAAAUAAAAAUAGUACAAAUAA